UUUGUAUGUAUCUUUUCAAUACAGAUUGCAGGGAGGGGUGGCACUGCCUUAAGCAUCACCCACAAAAGAACCAUUCGCCGUCAAAGUGCCCGUAGCGAGGACGUAUUCUGUGGUCCCGGAAGGACAGUCCGCUCCCUCGGAACCGAAGCCACCUGGAACUACCAACAUGUUGAAGAAGGACAGGGAGAAAGCUUUGGUUGUUGCCAUCACGUCUUCAGCUGCAUUUGAAACCGGACAGAAUGAUGAUGUGUAUAAGGAGGGGGUGGCUUUCCCUUUGCUGCAGGCAUUGCAGAGGGUGAAUGAGCGGCUCCUGGAGGAAAACCCAGCCGAGGAGCUUCUAUUUGAUGUUGUUUUGAUCACAACUAACACCCAGCAGCAGCAGAAGAGCAGUUGCAUCACCAGCACCACGCGUCACUAUGGUCUUGAUGUCAGCAGGUUCUGUUUUUCCUGUGAGGAAGAUUUUGUUGAGACUUUACUGGAAAACAAUGUGAGUCUGUUCCUGACUGCUAGUCAGAACGAGGCAGCAAAAGCAUCACUACGAGGGGUCACUUCUGCACUUCUCAGUGGUCAAACAGCAGCUGCGCCAUCAGAACAGCUCAGGAUUUUGUUCUGUGGUGACUCGCUCAUGCAGGAAGGGACCUUCCCACCCUCGGUCUCGCAGAGUUUUAUAACACAGAUUGGGGAGAUGCGGAGCCGGUUCAGUGUGAUGGACAGCCCUCUCACUUUCAUCAUGGUUACCUCUCGAGGGGACAGGGAGAACGGGCGCCAGGCGCUGGAGUGGUUGCGUACCCGGGGCAUCAAGGUAGACGAGGCCUACUGUCUGGCCGGAGCGCCCAGGCGCCCAAUCAUCAACCUGAUACGACAUCACUUCCUGCUUAGCAACAGUGUACAGGCAUAAAAGCUUUUCAACUUCUUCUGCUUUUUUUCAAAAUGUCAUUGAAUUUUAAAUAUUUCUUGUUCUUGGUGUGGCGUGCUGCUUCUAAUCUUGAACCUCGUUUUUAGUUAAAUCCACGUCAGUGUUUCCCUAACAGUCGAUGCAGAGAAACCUGCCCAAACUCAAUAAGUGGCACAUGAAUUAGCACGCCGGGUGGGCGAUAUUGCACUAGUAUCCUGCAGGGGGCAGCAAUGUCUUUAAAACACGUACAAUUAAUGACUUAAAACCCUUUGAUAAAAGGCAUUUUCCUUUGCUGUCCUUGUAAUUUAGGUGUUGGUGAGCUGUCACAACAAUAAAACGUCAAUGCACUUGCCACAUUA